GGGCAGCGAGGGGGCCAAAGAGGGGCCCAAAGAGUCCGGAGAGAGGGAGGCGAGGACCAGGGCGAGGGCACGGCCGGGCUCCUGGCCGGCCCGAGGAGGCUCGCGGAAGCAGCAGCCGCCGCCCGACCGCAGCUGGAUUUGAAGAUUGAUCCAAGGGACUAUUAAUUUCAGGAAUUGAUUUGAAAGACACUGGCUCUGACUCUUAACAGCCAUGUAACCUUGGAUAUGGAAGAAAGCAGCAGUGUUGCCAUGUUGGUCCCAGAUCUUGAGGACCAGGAAGCUAUAUUAACUGCCGAAACCGUCCUCAAUACGUCAUUGGAAAUUGAUGAACAACGGAAAGCUAAAACAGAUCCAUUAAUUCAUGUUAUCCAGAAAUUGAGCAAGAUAGUGGAACAUGAAAAGUCACAAAAAUGUCUUCUGAUUGGGAAAAAGCGCCCACGUCCAAGUGCUAUACCACGGUCUCUUGAAACCCAAGAAAUUUAUGAGAUUCCAGCUAAAAUAACUCAGACAUCUCCUGCUAAUACUAGAAGGGCCGAGAUGUCACACACAAAUUUUGUCCCUGACUCUCUUGCCCCAAAUGAUGGGAAGGUUAUGUCUUACCAGUGUAGCCUUUGUAAGUUUUUGUCAUCCUCUUUCUCUGUGUUAAAAGAUCACAUCAAGCAGCAUGGUCAGCAGAAUGAAGUGAUACUGAUGUGUUCAGAGUGCCAUAUUACAUCGAAGAGCCAAGAGGAACUUGAAGCUCAUGUGGUCAGUGAGCAUGAAAAUGAUGCCAAUAGCCACUUUCAGUCAAAAGCCCAGCAGUGCAUAAGUCCCUCCAACUCCUUCUGUCAGAGAACCACAGAGAGAAACUGUGAAACCAUUCCUGACAUCACAGUAAGUGUGGAUAGCCCACAGACUCAUACUAUUCAGACUGCAUCUGUGGCAGAAGUGGGCAGGAGGAAGUGGUAUGCAUAUGAACAGUACGGCAUGUAUCGAUGUUUGUUUUGUAGCUACACCUGUGGCCAGCAGAGAAUGCUGAAAACCCAUGCGUGGAAACAUGCUGGGGAGGUUGAUUGCUCCUAUCCAAUCUUUGAGAAUGAAAAUGAGCCCCUCGGCUUACUAGACUCCUCGGUGACUGCUGCCUCUGGAGUCGAUGCAGUAGUCAUUGCAAUCGGAGACAACGAGCUGAGCAUCCACAAUGGGCCCUCAGUUCAGGUGCAGAUCUGCAGCACAGAACCAUUGACGUCUUCCUCUCCGUUAGAGCAGCGUGUGGAAGCCGGAAUUCACCUGAGUCAAUCCGUUGCCCUUGACCCUAAUGAGGAGGAAAUGCUAGAAGUGAUUUCUGAUGCCGAGGAAAAUCUGAUUGCCGAUAGCCUACUCUCCUCUGCACAGAAAAUCAUAAGCAGUAGCCCAAAUAAAAAAGGCCAUGUUAAUGUGAUAGUAGAACGUCUGCCGAGUGCUGAGGAAACACUUUCACAGAAACACUUCCUCCUGAAUGCUGAACUAGAAGAGGCAAAGAACAUGAGCUCGACAGAAGUCCCAGUUGGGUGUGAAGGAACAGAUGCGAUUUAUCACGCUAACAAAUGUACUGUUGACCUUGGUGGGCUGAUCAUAGGUUGGAGCAACCCAGAGAAGAAAGACAGCGAGUUGAUCAAUAAAGGGCUGGCAGCCGAUGAGAAUGCCCCGCCAGGCCGAAGAAGGACAAAUUCUGAGUCUCUUAGGCUACACUCCUUAGCUGCAGAGGCCCUGGUCACGAUGCCUAUCAGAGCUGCAGAACUAACAAGAGCCAACCUUGGGCACUAUGGAAAUAUGAACCUUCUAGAUCCAGAUACUGGCCAAAGGCAAGUAGAUAGUACGUUGGCAGCAUAUUCUAAAAUGAUGUCACCACUUAAAAAUUCUCCAGAUGGAUUAGCAGGUUUUAACCAAAGCAACUCUACCUUGGUCGCGCUCCCAGAGCGUAGGCAGGAAUUGUCGGACGGGCAGGUUAAGACAGGCAUUAGCAUGUCCCUACUUACUGUCAUUGAAAAAUUGAGGGAAAGGACUGACCAAAAUGCUUCAGAUGAUGACAUUUUGAAAGAGUUGCAGGAUAAUGCACAAAGCCAACCCAACAGUGAUGCCAGUUUGUCAGGAAGCAAUGUCGUGGAGUAUAUCCCUAAUACUGACCGACCCUACCGUUGCCGCUUGUGUCACUACACGAGCGGUAACAAGGGCUACAUUAAGCAGCAUUUGCGAGUCCAUCGGCAGAGACAGCCAUAUCAGUGUCCUAUCUGUGAGCACAUAGCUGACAACAGCAAAGAUUUGGAGAACCACAUGAUCAACCACUGUAAAACGAGAAUAUACCAAUGCAAGCAAUGUGAAGAAUCUUUCCAUUAUAAGAGUCAACUGAGGAAUCAUGAGAGAGAACAGCACAGUCUUCCAGACACCUUGUCAGCAACAAUUUCUAAUGAGUCAAGAAUUACCAGUGAUACAACUGACGGAAAAUGUGUUCAGGAAGGGAAUAAGACUUCAGUCCAGAAACAGUAUAGAUGUGAUGUGUGUGAUUACACAAGUACAACAUACGUUGGUGUCAGAAACCACAGACGAAUUCAUAACUCUGAUAAGCCAUACAGAUGCUCCUUAUGUGGGUAUGUGUGUAGCCAUCCUCCAUCUCUGAAGUCUCACAUGUGGAAGCACGCAAGUGACCAAAAUUACAACUAUGAGCAAGUAAACAAGGCUAUUAAUGAUGCAAUUUCACAGAGUGGCAGAGUUCUGGGGAAGUCCCCUGGAAAGUCUGUAUCAAACAGUAGUGAAGAAAGAGCUGACCCUGGCACUGGAAGUCCAGAAAACCUGGUGUCAUCCUCCGAGCUGAUUUCCCAGGCUCCCAGUGAAGUUGUAGGUACCAACGAGAAUGAGAAACUGAGCCCUACAACUAAUACCUCAUAUAACUUAGAAAAAAACUCCAGUCUGCCCCCUCCUAGUAUGGAGUAUUGUGUUUUGCUCUUCUGUUGUUGUAUUUGUGGUUUUGAAUCUACCAGCAAAGAAAAUCUUUUGGAUCAUAUGAAAGAGCAUGAGGGUGAAAUCGUGAACAUCAUUCUAAAUAAGGACCACAACACAACUCUAAACACAAACUAGAUGGAGUGAUCACUUGAAGAGGAAAAGCGUAGAAGAGGAGUCCUUUACUUUAAACCACAGUUUCACCUUUGCGCUAUCAAAUAACUUGCUAGACACAGAAGAAGUAGUUGGUGUGAUUUUUGAGGAAGUAGCGGGCGUGACUUUUGAACCAAAUUUGUAAUGGAAUCAAAGGUAUUCCAAAUGGUUGAGCAGUGCAUAUUUAAAUAUUUUGAGUGAAUAGUCAUGGGUUGAGGAGGAAGCAAAGAUAUAAUCCUAUAUUAAUCCUCUGUUAUAUCUUCUUAGUAUUGAGUAUAUUUAUUAUUAAGAACUUAUUAUAGUGUAGAAAUGCAAGCAAAAGUGUUAAGGAGGAACUUUUUGGGAACUAUUUUAAAACAUAGAAAUGUCCCGGUCUUAAGCAGAGCUUGUUUUCUUCAUUCUCAGUUUGGAUAUGCCCGCUCGCAAGUGGCAGGCCUAUUGUCAGUGGACACCGCCUGAGAUUUUUUUUGUGGUGUUUAUCAAGAGCAGAAAGAAACGAUCAUUAUUAAGGGUUUUUGAAGUAGUCUCCUUCAUGUCCCCGAAAUUGACAGGAAUUAAUCAUAUACUCGGUCUAACCUGUUUUGCUUUAUUCCUUAAAAAAAAAAAAAAGAAAGAAAGAAAGAGGCCUAAAUCCUAAUGUAGGAUUUUUAAAAUGAAUGGUGGUCUUAAAUUUAUAACGAAUCUUUGGUGGGCAAAGGAGAGAAAUGGGUGAACUCCCAUCAGACUGCAGUCACAUUUCAAGGCUGAUCAAGGUGGUCAGUCACCGGGCAGAGUGCAUUCCCCACAGCCCUGUCGGUGUGUUGGAGGACAGCCCACAUGUCACUCUAGCUCCGUGGGCUUCCACUCCAGGCCAGGCCAUGUGUGGUACCUGGAAAGGGGUUCACGCAGUACAGUGUGAAUUUUUACAUUGAUCGUUAGACCUGGGAAAUACAUUGAACCGUUCAAGUAAAAAUUCACUUGAGGGAAGGAGGUGAACUUCAGAAGCCUCAGAACUGAAUACUGCUACUGAGAUCUUGCUUCCUGAAGUUGAGCGAAUUAAUUAGACCUGGCAGAAGAGGUCUAACUAAAUAGGACAAAAGUGUAGUAAAAGUUCCAGUUGUGUAUCGGAAUAGCAGUGUCGGGCACCUCUACAGGGUUUCUCCUAUCUAGGAAAUGGCAUUUCCCUUAGUGUGCAAUAGGAGAUACAGAAAACCAACUCAGAGUGCUUUUUUACAUGAAAAUUCAUCAUCGCAUACUGAAAUCUCAUUGGUUACACAUUUUGUAUUAUGAUGUAUUUCAAAGUGUGAAGAGAACAGGAUUUUUGGUUUUCGUAGUUCCGAUCACUUGCGCAUUGCUUUGUUAAAGCAAAUUCUGUCUCAAGAGGCAAGAUGGGUACACUGUAGUGCCCCAUCUCCAUGGUGCUCCUUCCGAACUUGAUUCCUCGUCUCUUCGAGAGCUGAGGCUGUGGCCCUGCUCAUAUAGGAGAUAUUGGAAGCAACUUUUGGAUGCGAUAUAUUUUAAUAAAGACUCUUUAGGAAAGAAUCUUCUUUCCAGAGUCCAGGUAUGAGUGGAAUAUAUAACCUGUUUUUUUUUUUUAAGCUUAAAAAACUAUUUAAGUGGGGCCAGGCAUCUUGACACAUUAUCCAAUAUGUUUUCAUAAUCUCAUUUUUAAUAGUGGAUAUUUAGGCAGUUAAUUGUAACUUUGCAGCUGUUUGAUUUAGGUAGUUUUUGUUUAUGAAAGUUAAUUCACUUCUGAUACAUGAUUUAUAAGAAGAUAAUAUGACUGUGUAUAUACACACUAAAUUAUAUUCCUCCAAUCCACUGUUUGUGGAUCAAUAUUCAUUUUCUUCUAUUUCCAGAAUUCAAAGACAUUUAUAUUUCAUUUCCAAUUCAAGUAAAAUAUUUUAAAUAGUUCAUUAUUAUUACUCAUUGCCACUCAAUAUUUUUUUUUUGCUCUGACUCAGUGUUUCUUUAUGAAAGACUCAUUCUUAAUAAUACUAGAAUUUAGUUGUAUGAAUUUUCAUGGCUUCAACUUUUAAUCAUUUGGAAAAUACUGUUAACCAAAAAUUUUUUUAAAAGUCCUCUAAAUUUUAAUAGUGAAUUUUUAAGUUACCUGCUUUAUUUCUUAAAACCACUUCUUUUGAUUGAUACUUAAAUUUCCCAUUUGGAAUCAUGGAUUUAAAACUUUCUAGCUCCUGGAGAGAAAAAUAACCCAGAUACUCAAAGCCUGUAAGCUUUUAUUCAGACGUGAGAUAGCCUCCAGAAUUGUCAGCUUUCAUCUAGACUUGAAUGGCCUCCUGGAGGAACCACAUACUGAGGAUAUAUGUUGCCAUUUUCAUUUUGUGACAAGCCUUAAGUCUCUCUACCCAUUGAGUAUUUCUAAAAGUGAUAAUUAAGACUGAAUAUGUGGCUUUAAUAUAGGAGAAAGGUAUUAAUCAGAAAUCCGCUGUGUAGGAAGAACACUUUAUUCAUCAGAACUAGAUUGUUUGCCAUACAAAGCUCAUAGUAUUUGUUUUCCCCUCUGAAUACUCAACACUUCUAAGAUUUGAUAGUGAAAAUAGUUUUUGGAAGAAAUUUACUGGAUAAGGCAAAAGUGUAGGUGGAGGGAAGAUGAUGCAUUCUGAUUAUUAUACUUUUCAGAACUCAUCAGUUUUUCUCUCUUAAUCCCCAGAAAAUGGUUGGUGUACCAAAUAUCCUAAUAAUACCAUGCCUAUAUUCCAGUUGAACUGUGGACUUUUCAGUUCUGAGUUCUGUGUCCAGCCAGUAUAGUGUAAUAACACUGACUGGAGACUUUGUUCUAGAUCUUUCAUCUACUCAAGGUCGCUUCGGUGGUUUCAGUUUUGGUAUUAUUUUCUCUGUCUUUUCUUACAAAGCAAAUGGUGGGCACCCAUGUUUACAUUGUAUCUUCCUUGCAAUGUACUUGGCUUGACAAAGACAAGCAGGCUUCUUUAUUAAGACUUACUAUAUUUUUAGUUUUCAUAGACACUUAUUUAAUCUUUUUUUAUUGUACAGCAAGGUGCUCUAAGUAAUAUUCUAUAAAAUAUAUUUAAUAGAAAUUUGAGUUUGAUAUUCAUGGACAUGAAUACAUGUAUUUUUUUAAGAAAUAAGUAUUGUGUAACACUAUGGCAUUGCUUCUAUAGCCAAAGUCUAAAAAUUUCUGGAACACUGACAUGUAAAGACUACAGUUAAUUCUGACACUGUAUCUUAUUAAAAUAGGGUGAUUUGCAUUUUGUAAAAUUAUCCUGCACAUCGAGCUGCAUGCCUUAAAGACUAAAACUCUAGGAUUGUGUUCAUGGUAGAACAGUUUCAUCUGUUCAACAGUGAAGCAAGGUCAAUAGCGCUUCUCUAACUACCUUUGGAAAUACUGUACAAUGUUAGAAUAAUUUAUUUUGCUUUACAGGAGUUUGUCAUGUAUUGACUUUAAUAUUGUAUUUUGAUAAUAAAUUUUUUGUUAAAAACACUUGCCUCUUAAGUUUUAUUAAUAAAAGGUUAUAUUCUUAUCAUGGAAAUAUUGUGAUCACUUGGAAAGUUGUAUUUUAAUAAUGAGGUUCCCAAGGAUCAAACCAAGACUUAACGAUUUCCCUUUGGUAACUUGUUAAACUAUUACUGACUAGCAUUGAACUGUGUCACACAGUGAUAAUUGAAAGAUAUUUGGAGGUUUUUUUUGGAUCAUCUUAAACAUUUGGUCUAAUUUUGAAGCCUUUUUUCCUUGCUCUACUGUUCAUUUUACCUUCCAAAUGACAUCAUUGUAUGCUUUCAAUUAUGAUAGUCAAAGUGCUGGAGACUGACUCUGUUAAUGACAGUUAGCUUGCUUUUUUGAGGGCCUUGAUUAUCUUGUGGUCUAUAUAUGAAAUAGCUUGUUGCACUAGAUUCUUUGCAUUGGACCAGGGAGGCUGAUACUGACUGCAUCAUUGGUUUAGUUUUUCAUUUUUACUCUAGAAUUCCGGGCGAUUUCAUCUUCAGGGAUCUGAGCCAAAUACUCUUAAUUAUGUCCCCUAUCUUUUAUGAACCAAAUUCAGACUCUUUGCCACUGAACUCCAGCUUAUAAAUCCUAGUGGGAAGGAGUUUCAGAACAUAUGGUGCAGUUUGGUAGCCAUUCACCCCAUGUGACUGUCACACACGUGGAUUCUGAGUGGCACGCUUUAAAUGUAGAAUAUACAGCAAUUUUGAAUACUUAGUACAAAAAAUGUAAAAUAUCUCAAUAGUUUUCUAGUCUGGUUACAUAUGGAAAUUAUGAUAUUUUUGGAUAUUUGGGUUAAAUAAACUAUAUUAUUAAAAUUA